GCAACACUGUUCAGAGCCGGACCGCAGAUAGCUUGAUGCUAGCACUCAGUUAUCGUUGGACACUAGCUGACUCAAAAGAUUAAAGAAUGAAGAUAGGCAUUACAAAUUGACAAUAGCUUCAAAACUACACGAGAAAACGGUUUAGGAUUCAUCUUUAAAGGACAAGAAGCCAUGUUUCGCUGUAAGACUGCCUGGUUUUCGAGCAGUGUGCCGCAAGAUCGUCUUGACUUUUGGAUGGCGGAAGGUGGGACCACCAUAGAUUGGAGUCAGGCAGACUACCUCUUCAGUGCAGAUGCAACAUGUCCCGACACGCUGACGAUAUUUGAAAGCAACGAUUACAUAUCGAACAAGGUCACUGUUUUCCACAGCUUGUUCCUGUCCACCUGUGAAAAGCGGCAAAGUGUGAAAUCAGUGUGCAUCGGCCAUUAUGUGCUGUCUCCAACGUCUGUGCAGGAUGAGGUGAGAGAAGUGGUUGGUAGGUUGAUUUGGGACCGUGAGGAUGAAGAAACCAUUGCGCAGGACGAACAAAAGUCUUUCUGCCUACCAGAUGUCCCCCACAGUGAGCAAGAUGCAAGAGAAAGCAUAUCUGAGGAAUCAGACAUGGAAUCAUCAGGGGGUGAAGCUCCCCUACCAGACCAUUUAAGAAGCCCAGUUAGUUGUGUGGCCCCGGGUAAACUGCUUAACAUGGAGACAGACUGCUAUGUCCCUGCGGGGUACAUCAGCAUAGAGAACCUUGCGAAAUAUUCUGGUGAUCUGCAUGAUGUGCAUCCUGGGGUUUUCAGAUGUUCAAAAUGUAAAGCCUGCCUUUGUUUGGGGCAGAAGUAUGCCAAGACACACUAAGAAAGGGGGAAAAAAAUAAUAAUAAUUACAGAAACAAUGGCAGUCUCAUCUUGUAUUCCUGGUAUAUUUAAUUUGUCUGUGUUUAAUUUCAGUUUGUAACAUGAAGGCUGCCACAUAAUUUGUACCUCUGGCUUUUCAAUGAAAGAGUAUAUGCAGAUAUAUUUGUUUUUCUGUAUUUGGAAUAAAAUAUGGAACAUGGUAGUGUUAUUGCACACCAAUAUAUAUUCUGUAAGUAUUCUACUUAUGGUUUAUGUUUUUUUGUUUCUUUAAAAUGUUUAGCUGAAGCCCACAGAUUUAAUGUAAACUAUAACUUCAUGGUGAUACUAAAUACUGUAUUGUCAAACAUUGCAUAAAAAUGUUUGUAUUUGCACAAAGA